CUUUGCUCAAGCGCACAUUACCAUCGAUGUGUGUAUUUUCCUCUAUUAUUGAACUAAUAAUUCCCUGGCCACGAUGCUUGUUCAUGCGAACAUGCCAUGACUCCGACAGCAUGGCACUUCAGCCAGUGCUGAGCGCAUACUCUAUCUAGUAGGUAAAUUUACACAUCUGCAGCGGGGUAAUACACUACCGCACCGCAACCCUCAAGCAUGCAUUAUUCAAAUUACAUGCCUUGUCCAUACACGCCUUGUCUGCUGUAUGCAACCUCCCCAUCGUCAAGCCUGCCCUGUUCAAGGUACCCGUACCCGUACCCGUUCUCACUUGUUGAUGGCUGCUGCCACCACCACCUCACAUUAAAGGUCCCAUUGCGCACCUAGAGUAUGCGGAGACUUACCGACUUACCUUAGCACUCAGCGCCUACCAGAGCCAUAGCCUCGGCGAUGGACUACAAAAAGGAACAAGCACUGUCGUCUGGUCCGACUUGUCGUAGUCUCUGCAUUUCCAUUCGGAUGACAUGACAGGUCUUGUGAAACUUGAGUGUGGCGAAACGGCCCGUGUUCCGGCCGGUGCUUGAGAAAGAUCAACCUCGCGGCAGGCAGCAACAGGCAAUCCUCUGAGAGCAUUCCGCUGAACAUCAACACUGCACUGCCAGUGGCUGGGCCUGCACUGCAUUUACUGCACUGCACUGCACUGCACAUGCAGACGUGACUGGCCUGUCUGCCUGUCUCUCGAGCAUGCAUCCAGUGCACACGCUCAGGGUCUGGGUCUAGCCCUUGGGACUGGUGUUUUCGCCUCCCAACAUACAUCCACAUCCACAUCCACAUCCACAUCCACAUCCCAUUGCAUCCCGCCUUGAUCGGAUUCUCCCUUUGCCUGUAACACCCACGGGGAAUAUUGAUUGACACUCGAUAUGAAAGGCUGGCCUGACACAAACUGGAAAACCAUCUACCUCAAGCUCUUCCUGCGCUCAUCUUCUCCAUUGCGAGCGUUUCUCGAGAAUUGCCCCACCGAAAUGGCACCGCAAUCCCUGGCCGGGCUAGAGGAGAAGAGAAGUCGUUUAAGAAUUGGAAUUCGGUCGACGGUCCGCCCUCUCCUGUUCGGACACCUCUCCAGCGUACCCGUCUUCUCGCAGCAGCCCCGUCACCCAUUUCUCACCCCAAUGCCAACUCCAGCCCAAUCUUCUCCCUCCCCCCCAACGACUCACUACUGGGUUCUUGCUCCCGCCGCUGGCUGCGGGAAAAUGCACAUAGAGUCCCCACACUUGGGUCUGUACGGAUGCUCGGUUGCCCCAUACAGCAUGUUCUGGUUCGCCCGCCAGUUGACUUUGUACUCAUCAGCCUCCCCAGUCUCUCCAUAGUGCCUUGCAAUUCAGCCGCCACGCCUCAAUGAGUUGUAUCCAUUCUCGUCUCGUCUUACUUUUCUUCCUGUUCAUUACUGGCGGAACAUGCCCUGCUUUAUCCGCUUAAACGUCGGGUUAGAGUUAUAUCGUCUGAGCCAGCUGAUCCAUACACUCUUCUCUAGUCCUAUCUAGGCUCUCUUGUAUAUAACAGCCUUUCUCCCAACUCGUCGUGACUUGAUUUGCUCUGGAAAGCUACCAUCCUCUACUUUCGCUCUGGUGGUCAAUAGAUUUACAUUACGACUAAAAGUUAUUUCCCUUGUUCUGUUUGCUCUUCAGCACUUUGCCUGGAAGGCAUAGGACAUCUUUUGAUACCCUCAGUGUUGGUCCUGACAAGAACAUAUUCACAUCCGGUCACCAUGUCGGCAUCCCCAGAUAGCCAGAUCAAUGACCCUAUCUUCGACAAGUAUGCGGACGAUUCGGAAGAUCGUUCAAGUGGAGCUACGAACGACACACCCAACUCAGAGCUAUCACCACCAGACAGUCCAAUAGCCAAAAAUGCAAAUAUCACUCAGCCAAGUGACAAGAGGGCAGGUGCUCGCGCUCUGGCCGCAUCACUUUCACUCCAAGAACAGGUCUCUCUUCUCACUGCUGCAGAUUUCUGGCGAUCAAAGUCCAUACCCGAGAAAGGAAUUCCAGCCUUCAAGACUAGCGAUGGCCCAAAUGGUGCUCGUGGUGCGAUAUUUAAGGCUGGCACAAAGGCCGCUCUCUUUCCUUGCGGAGUCUCGCUAGCGGCAACAUGGAACAAGGACCUCCUUUUCCAAGUCGGGAAACAUCUGGCAGCAGAGGCCAAGGCUCGAUCUGCCCAAGUGCUAUUGGCACCAACGGUUUGUUUACAUCGGGGACCUCUUGGUGGACGCAACUUCGAAUCUUUCUCAGAAGAUCCAUUCUUGACUGGAAAGCUCGCCUCCUCUUACAUCAACGGUCUUCAGGGUAGUGGCGUUGCAGCAACGAUCAAGCACUUUGUUGCCAAUGAGCAAGAGACGGAAAGAUUCAAGAUCGAUUCAUUGGUACAAGAGCGUCCUCUACGCGAACUGUAUCUGCGUCCUUUCGAGAUUGCCAUUCGUGAAGCAAACCCAUGGGCAGUGAUGUCCUCGUACAAUCUCAUCAACGGCGUACACGCAGAUAUGAACGAGCACACCCUCAAAAACAUCCUUAGAGGCGAAUGGAACUACGAUGGCAUGGUGAUGUCUGACUGGGGCGGAACGAACUCUUUCGUUGAGUCUAUCGAGCAUGGUUGUGAUAUUGAAAUGCCUGUCUCGACACUGUGGCGUGGAGAGAAGACAAUCCGAGCUGUCGAGAACGGCGAGCUUAGCAGGAAAGCUGUCGAAGAUGCAGUUGCUAAUAUACUUUACCUGGUUGAGCGGACGAAGGGUACCGACAUGUCAGCGGAGCUACCUGAACGCGAAGAUGACCGAGAAGAGACUCGCCAGCUGAUCCGAGACGCAGGUGCCGAAGGCUUGACUCUGUUGAAGAACGAAGGAAGCGUCCUGCCAAUCAAGCCCUCGGACAGGAUCGCUGUCAUCGGCCCAAACGCCAACCGAGCCAUCGCAGGCGGUGGAGGCAGUGCCAGUCUCAAUCCAUACUACAACACCCUCCCUCUAGAGAGCAUCAGAGCUGUCGCCGAAGAAGAAGUAUCUUAUGCCGUUGGAUGCCAAACAUACAAGUGGUUGCCAUUAGCAGCUGACUAUUGCACAACUUCCGCUGGUGAGCAAGGUGUCAGCCUCGAGUUCUACAUUGGUGAUAAAUUUGACGGUGAACCAAGAGUCAUUCAACAUCGUACGAAUACAGAUCUCUUCUUGUGGGAUUCUGUACCCCUGGAAGUUGGCAACAUCUGGUCGUGUCGUGCGAAGACAACCCUCACUCCCAAGACAACUGGCCUGCAUACCAUGAGUUUUUCAAGUGUUGGCGCUGGACGCCUGUACGUUGAUGGCGUGGUCAAGGUUGACAUUUGGGAUUGGACGGAGAAAGGCGAGGCUAUGUUUGAUGAUUCACAACAACAAUUGUUUGACAUGCAAUUAGAGGCUGGAAAACCCAUACAACUCGUUGCAGAGCUGACUAAUGAGCUACGACCAUUCUGGAGACAGAAGGCUGAGAACCGGACUCACGGGAACGGCGGUGUUCGCAUUGGCUACAAAGAGGAGGACAAGAAGGACUACCUGCAAGAAGCAGUUGAUGCUGCCAAAGCUGCUGAUGUUGCAAUCGUGAUUGUCGGAUUAGAUGGAGAAUGGGAAUCAGAAGGAUAUGAUCGCAAAUCAAUGGACCUACCUGCAGAUGGCAGCCAGGAUCGACUCAUCGAGGCUGUUAUCAAGGCAAACCCAAGAACGAUUGUUGUCAAUCAAUCCGGAUCGCCUGUGACAAUGCCUUGGGCAGAUCGUGUACCCUCCAUUCUGCAAGCUUGGUACCAAGGUCAAGAAGCUGGAAAUGCCUUGGCCGAUGUACUUUUUGGAUUCAAGACUCCCAGUGGAAAACUACCCACCACUUUCCCCAAGAGGCUCGAAGACAACCCAACCUACCACAACUGGCCUGGUGAAAACCUGAAGGUCGUUUACGGCGAAGGCCUGUACAUCGGAUAUCGUCACUACGAGCGUAUGAAGAUCGCGCCACUCUUCCCCUUCGGCCACGGUCUCUCGUACACGACAUUCACAUACGGAAAUCCUGUCAUCAGCAGCACAGUCCUCGCCGAUGGUGAGAAGAUCACCAUCACGGUGCCAAUAACCAACAGUGGCAGUGUCGAAGGUGCCGAGAUUGUCCAAGCAUACAUUCAUGACGAGAAGUCUCGAUUACCACGACCAGAGAAGGAGCUGCAAGCUUUCGCAAAGGUGUUCUUGAAGCCUGGCGAGACGCAAGAUGCAGUACUGAGCAUCGACAAGUACUCUGUUGGCUACUAUGAUACUGAUGAGAAGGAGUGGAUUGCAGAAGAAGGAGUGUUCAAUGUGUUGAUAGGCUCUUCAUCCGCUGAUAUCAGAGAACAAAGUUCGUUCGAAGUCAAACAGUCGUUUACAUGGGUGGUCUGAGGAAUUUAGGUAUGGGCAUAUGACUGGUCGGGGAGAUAGACGAGAUGAGAUACACACUGCUUAACUCCCGAAGGAGCGGAUCUCAUAUGUUCUUUUGAAUGUUUCUGGCAUCAGAUAUAUCAUGUAUUUAUUCUUCUAAUAUUCCUCGCUGGACGUUCUGGGUAAGGACAAGGAACAUCCGGGGAAUUCGCACGGUUUAUAGAACUCAUGGCAUUUAUGAUCCUGCUUUCCUGGCUUGACAGGAAUUACAAACUAAGAUUUAUAAAUUGUGAGAUAGCAACGUAAAAGGACAAAUAUACAACGAACUGGGACAGCAAGCUGUGUGGUUAGUUUAUCUGUAACCCCUUGGCUGUGUGGCGAAGCUCUACGUUGAGAAGUAACAAUGCCAUUUUUCAUAUUUGGAAG